AUGGCCCUCAAGACCGCCCCGCUUGCCAGCCUCGCCCCCCCAGACUCAGACAUCCCGCAGGACUUCGGCGUCGUCGUCGACCUGGCCUCGUACACGGACGGCCAAUUCGACCCGCUCACCAUGUCCGACCACGAAUUCAAACAGUUGGAGGAGCUUCUCUACAGACAUUCCAUCGUCUUGUGGCGAGGCGUCACGCUGAGCCCCGAGCAGCAGUUCGUGCUCACCAACAGAUUCGACCUCGCCUCCAACUCCUACGGCCAUGGCACCGAGACGUCUGGCCUGCAAGCUAAAUCGAUCCUGCACCCAGACCUCAAGACCCUGCCCGGCCAGCCCCAAGUCCAGCUGAUCGGCAACGGCCAAGUGACCGACCAGGCCGUCGCCCCCGGCCUCACUCCACUGCCCGUCCUCAAACACCCCCAUCACAAGACGUUCCAUAAAGACGUCAUCUCAGAGGAGGACGAGAAGAAGGGCCACACCCGGUUCUACCGCUGGCAUAUCGACGCGGCCUUGUACGACCUCAAUCCGCCCAAAGUGACCACCUUGCAGGCCCUGCGCGUCCCCCAAGGCGCGCCCCAGAUCUGCCGCUACGAUGACGGGACGGGCGACGAGCUCAAGGUUCCUUUGGGCACCACCGUCUUCGUCAGCGGCAAGAAAAUGUUCCAAGUCUUGCCGCCGGAGUUGAAGAGCUUGGCCGUCCGGACCAGCGUCCAAUACAGUCCCCAUCCAUACGUGUGGAUGUCGGAAGCGAAAGCCAAAUCGACCGGGCUCGGGCUCGAGACCGAGGGGAAAGAGCUCCCGAGGAGCCAGCUCCCGGCGGUCGAGGAGGCCAAGAUCAAAACCUUCCCCGUCUUGUGGAAGAACCCGGUGACGGGCGACUUGCAUCUCGAAGUCCAUCCGUGCGGCGCCGAGAAGCUGCUGAUCGCGCCGCUCCCAGGCCCCGCGAAAGGCGCGGAUCGGGCGCUGUAUCCCGACGGGGCCACCAUCGACGACCUGGCGCUUGUCCGGGCGCUGCUCUACAAGCUGCAGCGGCCGGGGAUAGCGCCCUCCUUAGUGUAUGCGCACGACUGGAGAGAGAAAGACCUGUGUCUGUUCCAUAACCGCGGCGUCCUGCACAGCGUCGUCGGCGCCUUCACGCCCGACCAGCAUCGCGCCUUCUGGCAAUGCAAUAUCGCCGCCACUGCGCCUCCGCCCGGCCCCGAUCCCGCCGACAUCGCCCAAUACGCGUGA